AUGGAUCACGGGCAGUCUGGAGUGCACAUCUAUUGUUCCUUUUUACCACCAGAUUCUCUGUUAGACGUCGUUGGAGAGACGGACAGCAGCCAGGAGGUCAAUCAUGGCUACAUUUUUUGGGCAGUGGCACAGGAUUUCGUUCAUGACAUUCUUCGGGAAGGAUUUCGCCCGAAACACAGAAGAAGUAUCCCAGUAGCAGUGGACGUCAAUGAGGCAAAGAGCAGAUAUCGUAGCAAAGACCCCUCAGGCACUCCACGCGUGAUUCGCAUUCGAAUGGAACUGGCCAGGGCAGAAGGCUUUCAUGUCUUCGAGCAUGACAGGGGACUCAGCCUCCAUAUGCCUCACAUGGCAGAGAAGGUGAGUCCAAACCUCUUGGAGCUGGCUGAUUCUCAAAUCGCCCAGCCCACUGGCAUCAACACCCUGUGUACUCCUCCAGGAAUCACCGACGCGAAGAAUACACAGGCCCUCAUGGACGUUCCCGCUCCUGAAGUGCCAAGUGAGGAUUGCAUUCCGCAAAAGCCGGCAGACCAAGACAUGGAGGUGGCUGGUGACAAGGGCACAGCAUCAGAAUGCCCAGAGUUCCCACGCAUGAAGCAGGGGAGAAACAUGUUGCUAUAUCUUCGGACUGGGGAGGGUUCAGAUCAAAAACGAUGGGUCCAAGGCCGCAUCGUGGAAGGAGGCACUUCACGGACAGAGGUCCGAGUUCAAGUCAAGCUAGGGAAGCUCAGCCUAGCUCAGCACAUCUGCCUGAACAGCAGCAGAGUACUGGAAUUCUAUCAUCCAGAUGCUUGUCAACUUGCAGACACAGAGGCGGUUCAGGCUGCUCAAGUGCGGGCUCUACAUGCUUCUUUGUCACCAGGCGGUGAAUUGCGCAACAAUCAGAAUGUCUUCAAGCAUCCGCCCUCCAUCUCAUCGUUGAAACUGGGAAGGACAACUCUUGCGAAGUCCUUCAUUGUGCCUGAUGGCCAAAUGCCACAAAAUGGCAAAGCGGACUUCUUCAAGAGAUUGGAUGCAUUUCUGAAGAAUGCACCUACACAAGAUGCUGCUGGGAAAGAGCGAGUGGCUUUGCCUCGACCAAAGCCCAAGACUGGGGACACAGUUCGAUGCUUUGCAGUUUUCGAAUGUCAGGCAGCCAUCCCGUGCCCCUGUGGCGAGAGCGAUUUUGAUGUGAUAGCCAUGGGUAGCAUUUCUGAUGAUCGCCCUGGUCACUACCAUUUGUGGGAUGAAUGCAAUGGCAAAGAUGUUUACAAGAAAUAUGGUUCGGAAAUGUACCUCUAUGCGUGCCAUGGUCAUGACCUGACUAUAGGGAAGCUGCACUUUGACAUGUUCGACCUCAAGGAAUACAGUCAUUAUGGAGCUCCCGUGCUCAAAGCAAGAGGCAUCGAUCUCUACCUGUUCUAUGAGUGGUACAAGCAGUCAGGCAACGAUCUUGGGCAAGGACGUUGGAUCUUGGGUCAGAAGGUCGCGAAAUGCCCGAUGGCUACAUCCCUUGAGAUGAGUGAUUUCUUAGGAAUGACCGAGAUCACCACGAUCACAUCCUCAGAGGGCUGGCCCCCGUGGCCACCUAACACAACACGGCUUCGGCUGAAUGAAGGGCUCAGAGAUGUGAUUGAAGACGAAUUUAAAGAUUUGUUUGAAUGCGCCGGUCUGCAUAGACAAGACAGGCAAGAGUUCAAAAUUCGUCAUGGAGAGCACAUCUGGGCUUUUGGAAGUAACCCCGCUGGCCAAGAGCACAUCGCGACCCUGCGGGGUUACAGUGAAGAAGUCCCCCGUGAUGGUUGGAAAGGAAUCGUGAUUGUGAAGCCGGAGGGUCGCCGAUUUGCAUCCUCUGUGGUGAUGGCGAGAAAGUGUAGAGGAGACGGGUUCGAGAGCUUGGAACGAAAGUCCACACGUCCGACCAAGGGAUGUUUGGGAACCUCGUCUUCUGGCCUAGGACAGGAGACAUGCCACUUUCAAUCAGAGGCCAUUUUCAUUGAGCCCUAUGACCCUUCAAAUCCUGAGCACCAACUGAUGGGAGAGCACAAGAGUCGCGAAUGUCCGGAAUGCUUCAAGUUGGGCGAUCGAUGCUCCAAGUUGGCUGCGAUGAACAGAGGCAACUGCCAAAGCGUGCUGGAGCUUUGGAUGCGUGGACGCAUCUUCCAUGCAACAGAAGGGGGAUUGGAAACAACGAUCACUUUUGAAGGCAUCCAGGUCCGUGUUUUUUGCUAUCCUGAUGUCUUUGCAUAUGAGAAGGAUGUUUGGGAGCUAGGGCAAAAAGCUUUGGCCAGCAGCAACAACAAAAACAUGUUUGAUGCGGCCUUCAGGCUGCUCACUGACAGAACUUUGGGAGAUGAGCCAAACAGCUUGGCACAUGUCUUGCUUCUCCUGAGCAAUGUAACAAAGCCAAAACCCACCAACCUGCAGGCAGAGCUGGUCAAGGAAACGAAAGCAUUGAAACAGAAACCUGCAGACCCUGACCCUUUGGAACUGGGAGAGGACACGUGGAAAGCGAGUGCAGCAGUGAAUGCUGCAGUAUCAGCUGAAGUCGUCAAUGUUUUGACACAGACAGUGACUGCUGAUGUGGAGCAACAGGGCGAGCAUUUGAGGCAGAAGAACGCCAUUGCAGAGGUCCUCAAGGAGCAAUUUGGCUUCAAUUCACAGCAGAAGACCGGAGACCCACAUGGCUGGAUUACCUUUGCACUGAAGAAGGCGAAGGAGUGGAAAGGAUUGGAGGUUGAUGAGUGCUACCAUGGUACGUCCAUGACUGCUUUGGCACCCAUUCUGCUCGAGGGUUUGAAGAAACCAAAAAGCAAAGCAGACAGGGCCCAUGGACAACAUGGGUCAAAGUCUCAGGAGACGAUUUACCUCAGCCCGUCAUGGCAUUAUUCUGCUCAUCCUGUCUAUUCACUCCUGCACAUGAUGGGCUCCGGGCCAAAUGCGUUCCAAAUGGUCUUCAAAUGUGAGGUGCUACGUGGCCAAUAUAGAACACAGAGCGCAACCUUCGGAGGCAAACAUUGGCCAAAAGAAGUGAGGAUCGACCCAGAGCGUGACACUCUGGAGAACUUGGAAUAUCUUGUAGAGGAUGAGGGCACAGUUCGCCUGAAGGAAGUGAUGUUCCGAAAAUUUGGAAACGGCGCAGACCCAGCUAUCUUCGGUGAUUUGCCGCCAAAACUUCUCGUGGAUGGUCGGCCGAAGUUGGAGUACAGGUGGACUGAGAUGUUGCAAGAAGAUUUUAAAGCUCGUGGCUUCUACUUGAGUGGCCACCAGCAUGCCUAGGAUGUACAGCCAUCGCUUUAUUUCAUUUUGGCCGAUCCCACAGUUGGAUCCACAGUGGCCAUAUCUACAGCUCACAGAUCUUACAGGUUCACAGCG